AUGAAGUGCUUCACCCGCUUCUUUACGGCACUGAUAGCCGGUGCUACCACCGCCUCCGCCUACCUGUACAACACCACCAUCCACACUAAAUAUGGUAAUGUGAAGGGCAUUCCAGCUCUCAAUGCCACCUGCUGUGCCUAUCUUGAUGGCUAUGAGAGCGUGACUGUUUGGAAGGGAAUUCCCUUCGCUGCUACCACUGGUGGUCAGAAUCGCUGGAAGCCUCCACAGCCCCGUAGCGGCUGGAAUGGCACCUUCAUCGCUGAUACAUUUGGAUCAGCCUGCCCGGCAGGGACUUCACCAACAGGCUCUGCAGAUACUGUUUAUGAUGAAGACUGCCUCAACCUCAACAUUUGGAGCUCGGCAAACUCUACUGCUGAGAAACGACCUGUUAUGAUCUGGAGCUAUCCCGCUGGUGCUAACGGUGCGUGGAGUAUGUUCGACGGCGGCGGACUGGCACUCAAGGAUAUCAUUGUCGUGACCUACAAUUAUCGCACUGGUCCUUAUGGCUGGCUGGCUCUGCCGGAGCUGUUGGAAGAAUCAGGAAAUGUCACAACCGGAAGUUACGGACUACUUGACCAGAUUGAAGCGCUGAAAUGGGUUCACGAGAACAUCGCCGCCUUUGGGGGUGACCCGAAACAUAUCACAACUGUUGGCCAGUCAGCUGGCAGUGCCGCUGUGUACCACACCGUCAACAGCCCGUUGGCCAAAGGCCUCAUUGUGGGUGCUAUUGCCGAGAGUGGUAUUCGCGAUCCCCGCGACCCUGCGUCUACCGAGCUUGCUGAGGGUUACAAUAACAUGUCCACCUCAUUGGCCUUGGGAGCUGAGCUAAAAGCAGUUCUCAAUGUGACUACUCUCGACGAGCUCCGCCAGGUUCCUGCAAAGACAAUCAACGAAAACAGUGGGUUUACUGGAUUUUCCAACUGGCGUACUACUCUCGAUGGUUACGCCAUGUCUAUGACCUACAGAGAGCAGCUGGAGGUGGGACCGGCCAACGAUGUCCCCUUGAUUACCGGAAACACGAAGGAUGAAUCGGGCGCUGCGUACGGCACCAACACAAGUGUGGCAAAGUAUAUCGAGACGCUUAAUUCUACAUACGGGUCUCUCGCCGACAGAAUAUUGGAAGCCUAUCCUGCAUCAAACUACACUGAGGCAUCCAUGGACACCAAUCUCCUUGCUCGUGAUACUUCCCUCGUCGGCUCCUGGAACUUUGGUCGAUUCUGGUCCAAGUCCGCGUCCUCGCCGUUCUACACAUAUUACUGGGACCACGCACCCCCAGGGCAGGACCAGGGCGCUCACCAUAUGUCUGAAAUUACCUAUGUGUUCAACAAUCUCUACGGCACAGAUCUGCCAUGGCAGUCUGUUGACUAUGAUAUUGCCGAGACUCUGAGCAGCUACUGGGCCAAUUUCGUCAAGACUUCGAACCCGAACACUGGAAACAGCUACCGAAACGGAACCCUUGCGCACUGGCGUCCAAGCAACAGUCUCAAUGCGACCACCUUCCAUCUUUCCCCCCCAGCCCCGAUCAAUGCCAACGGUCUGCCAGCUGGCUAUACCCAGGUUCCUGUCGCUACGCAGGACCAUAUUACCCUCCUGAAUGAGUUUUUCCGGACUAGAAUUUCGCUCUAA